GCUGGGCUGAGAGCCUCCUCCCCGAGACAGCAUCGACUUGACCCCCCGGCCCGGGAGAGCCCGAGCCAGGGGGCUGUCUUAGUAAAUUCCUGCAGUGCCUCCACCCUACGGUGGCGGAGACACAGAGGGCGGGUCGCGCUCGAGGGUCAGGGAGGAGAGUGACCCGGCCCGGGUCCAGGGCCCUCCCCACCCGUCUGGCGGCCAGAACUCCAGCCCUGGGGAGUGGGCAGGGCCUGUUUUCUGUGCCUCACGCCCUGCUUUUCGCCUCCUUUAGCGCUGUCUGCUAGCUGCUUUCCUGCUCUCUCUUCUUGGAGGCGAAUCCUUGAGUCCGAGAUGGCAGCCACCCUGCUCAUGGCUGGGUCCCAGGCACCUGUGACAUUUGAAGAUAUGGCCAUGUACCUCACUCGGGAAGAAUGGAGACCUCUGGACCCUACACAAAGGGACCUUUACAGGGAUGUUAUGCAGGAGAAUUAUGGAAACGUCGUCUCAUUAGAUUUUGAGAUCAGGAGUGAGAACGAGGUGAAUCCAAAGCAAGAGAUUAGUGAAGAUGUAGAAUUUGGGACUGCCUCUGAAAGACCUGUUGGGAAUACUGAGGAAAAUCCUGAAAAUGAAGAGGCCUUUGAAAGUGGGGAUAGACCAGAAAGACAGUGGGGAGAUUUAACAGCAGAAGAAUGGGUAAGCUAUCCUCUUCAACAAGUCACUGAUCUGCUUGUUCACAAGGAAGUCCACACAGGCAUCCGAUAUCAUAUAUGCUCUCAUUGUGGAAAGGCCUUCAGUCAGAUCUCAGACCUUAAUCGACAUCAGAAAACCCACACUGGAGACAGACCCUAUAAGUGUUAUGAAUGUGGAAAGGGCUUCAGUCGAAGCUCACAUCUUAUUCAGCAUCAAAGAACACACACUGGGGAAAGGCCCUAUGACUGUAAUGAGUGUGGGAAAAGUUUUGGAAGAAGCUCUCACCUCAUUCAGCACCAGACAAUCCACACGGGAGAAAAGCCCCACAAAUGUAACGAGUGUGGGAAAAGUUUCUGCCGGCUGUCUCACCUAAUCCAGCACCAAAGGACACACAGUGGGGAAAAGCCCUAUGAGUGUGAGGAGUGUGGGAAAAGCUUCAGCCGGAGCUCUCACCUAGCUCAGCACCAGAGGACCCACACAGGUGAGAAGCCUUACGAGUGUAAUGAAUGUGGACGAGGCUUCAGUGAGAGAUCUGAUCUCAUCAAACACUAUCGAGUCCAUACGGGGGAGAGGCCCUACAAGUGUGAUGAGUGUGGGAAGAAUUUCAGUCAGAACUCCGACCUAGUGCGCCAUCGCAGAGCCCACACGGGAGAAAAGCCGUACCACUGUAACGAAUGUGGGGAGAAUUUCAGCCGUAUCUCACACUUGGUUCAGCACCAGAGAACCCACACUGGGGAAAAGCCAUACGAAUGUAAUGCUUGUGGGAAAAGCUUCAGCCGGAGCUCUCAUCUCAUCACACACCAGAAAAUUCACACUGGAGAGAAGCCCUACGAGUGCAACGAGUGUUGGCGAAGCUUUGGUGAAAGGUCAGAUCUAAUUAAACACCAGAGAACCCACACUGGAGAGAAGCCCUAUGAGUGUGUACAGUGUGGAAAAGGUUUCACUCAGAGCUCCAACCUCAUCACACAUCAAAGAGUUCAUACGGGAGAGAAGCCGUAUGAAUGUACCGAAUGUGAGAAGAGUUUCAGCCGGAGCUCAGCUCUAAUUAAACAUAAGAGAGUUCAUACUGACUAAGUCCUGUAAUUAACAAGAAAUGAUUCAUUUGAAGGUACAGUUUUAUUUGAUAUACAAGAGCUCUCUCAAGACUGAGCUUCUUUUACCAUACUGAAUUUCCAUGUGGGCCACAGGUUAAAACAUCAAAGAAGAUAAGCCAUUUGCAAUUCUGACCCACAACUCUGGGAAUGUUAUCUCCUCCUCCAAAGUAAUGAUUUUUAUUCAUUCGAUAUUAAUGAAGUACUUCAUCAAAAUCAACCCCACAAAUAACUGGGAAUCGGAAGACCAGGGGAUAAAUGCUGGUAAAUACUCAGGCCUGGAAAUGGAGUAAAACUUUAAAAGUUAUUUCUCUCGUCCUUGGCCCAAAGAACUAUGCUAGGGGAAAUGUUGGACUGUAAUAGGGUGGUCACAGCUGCUUCAGAAAAAGACAACCAGAGACUGCCCAAAUUGCCACACCUAUUCACUCUCUGUAGUAGUUGGGCACACACAUCUUCCCCUUCAAAAGGCUUUUUCCUUGAGUUGCUCAUGCAUUUGUCUCUUUCCAUCUUCCUGAGAGCAGGAUUCUGCACGAUGAAGGCAAUGAUCAAAACUUUUCUCAUUAUUUCUAAUUUAACUUUAUUAAAGCUUGCAUCUUUGGAGAAGCUAACUGAAGAUACAGAUUGAAAGGAAAAAUGAGACACAGGUUUGGGGACCAAGGAACUCAUCAGUGGUGGUGACUUUAGCAAAAGAGAUGCCCACUGUUGUUCUCGCCAUUAAUCAGAAUGUAUUCAUUUUCUUUGGGAAUCACUGUAGGGAACAUUGUAGGGAAAAUAUCUUCAAGGAAAGCUAGGACCAUACUGAUGGUGGAGUGUAAGGAGCAAGUGGAAUUGACCACUUCAGGGAAGGAAACACAGAAUUCCUCCCCAAGGAAUACCACCGGUCCUUUCUGUGUUCUUCCCCCUCUGCCCUUUAAGAUCAAUUCUCCUUAUACUGCUAACUCUAGAAUUUGAUAAGGGCCACAUCCCAGUGUUCAUCUUGGCUUGCAUAAGGGCAUGUGUAAUGUACAGUAAAACGUGUAUUCUUGUAAUUUUUCCAGUAACGGAAACUGUAUUCACACAGAAUUAGCAUGUUCUUGGGUGAUGUUGAUCAUGUGACAGAGCUGCAGACAACUUCAGUGUGAGAAAUGUCCUUUUGUUUUCAUUAUUUUCUAAGGAAAAAAACUUAAACACUAGUGCUCUAGUGUGCACUCUCCUGUAAGAUCUGUCUUUGUACAGAACUAAGCACUUGUUUCUGUGUAUCAGCCAAUUGCGGGAGACAAUGACCGGAUAGAGAGGUUGAUUGUCCUGUUCUCAGACUGAAUUAUCUUCUCUUUGGCCUAGUCACAAGGAAUUAAUAAACCUAGAUAGGAAUGUAUCUCCAUCCUCUCAGUCUACAGAAACAUGUAGUUAAAAUGAGAGUUGACCCAAUUUAAACCUGUUAGUGUCAGAUCCUCUCAUCCCAGCUCACCAUAGGAAUUAAGAAAUACCCCAGAUGUUGAUGCUUACCCAGGCUUUUGGGGAUGGCAGUGUGAGGGGACUAGAGUAAGGAAUAUAUAUUUUUGAGAGUGCCCCCAAGUUCUUCCUACUGUGCUUUAUCGUGAGUGUUGUAACAUUUGAAAAAUACUUCUGCCGUAGGUCUUUGGGACUUGGUGUGUUAAGGGAGCCAGUGGUCUCUCGGGGAGUCUGCUAAAAUGAGUCAUGAGGACCCACAGCUGUGUGGGCCUGCAUCCUCUGCAGUGAGUGACAAAGCCUUGAAAGUAACACCACCACUCCCUGAAGGAGGUUUCUUUAUUAUGUCGCCUCCCCUACUGAAAUAUAAACUGGGGCAGGGAGCAUGUUUUGUGUUCUAUACAAAAAUCUAGCUGAUGGUGGGUAUUCAUAUUUUAAUUGUUGAAUGACUUACAUGUUCUUGAUGACUCAACUCGAGUAUGUCUUUUCCCGUGUCAGUGUUGCUAAUGGUUUUAAUGACUAGCAAAGUUCUCCUGUUGUUUCUGUGAGCCACAGUGGGCAUCAGCUUUGGAGUGGCCCCAGAAGACAGCAUCCUCAUGACCCAAGUAUAUAUCACUCCCGUUUUCUUCCCCCACUCUUCUGCCUCGCCCCAAGCUGUUCCUGCUGCUGCUUUUAGCUUCUUAGAGGUGAGUGGCUCAAGAAGAGGCUUCUAAGUGCCCCAGCCUUCUCUCCAUAUGCCUACACUCCAGCUGGGAAAUUAGAAGGGCAAGGGCCAAGACCACCUAUUUCCUCUCUUUUUUCCCAACUGCUGCCCAUUUGCCGUGUUGAACUUUGUGUAGAACUUAUGCAUCAGACUCUCUUUGCUAAUGCUUUUUGCAUGUCUUCUGCUCCCCAGUCUCUGGCUGCUUCUGCACAUACCCUGAACACUUUGUGCCUGUUUUCUAUGGUUGUGGAGAGUGAGUGAAUAAGUAAGUGUGUAGAGCAGUUUUUCGUACGGUAUUGGUCGCAGUUAUGCUAGUGUCUACAUCUGUAUUCUAACAAUAUUCUAUAAUUAAAAGUAUAAUUUUUAAAAAUCAAAACACUGAGAAUUAUUUUAGUCAUCCAGCACUGAUUCCUAAGAUGGCAUUUCAUCAGAUUCAUUAAAAUGGGCAUGACUGUCUUUACAUUAAUGCAUUUGUACAGAUGUUCUCGUGGAAAUGGGGGUGUACGUUGUUUUCACACAUGGGUGAGCCCUCUGGAUAUUACCAAAAUUUGGGAAGAUGCAAAAAUCUGGGUAGUUUCCUAUAAAGAUUGGGCUGGUAGCAAAAGAGCAUGGAAAUAAUUUGGUUAUGAGAGGCCCAUUAGCCUUGGAGAGGGAAAAAAACAAACACAUCCAAAAGCAGAAAUGAGAGGAGGCCUUUGUUGCUUUAAGGAGGUAUUUUUGGGUACCUGUUGAGAAUGCUGAAACAAUUUCUACUGAACCAGUAUUGGGAUCCCAGAACAGAUAACCUCUCAGAAACAGUCAAAGGCUCUCUGUUCACGACAGUUAGUUUGCCUAAGGCAGUGAUUAUGUAUUACUAGGGUGUGGCUAUGUUUUCAAAUCACUUACAAGCAAUUUUCUUUGAUGAAUACCUUCUUUAAAGGGAGGACCAGGCUAGGCAGAGGGAGGGAGUAGAAGUGCUUUAAAUUGAGGAAAAACACAAAUACGGAAGUAAAAUUGUAACUAUACCUAUUGCCAAAACUUGGAAACGGAAAGAGGUUUUAUUAAAACCCUUUUUAAAAUUCUA